AUGCUUAUUUAAUCAAAAGGAAAUGUCAUCCAUGAAAAUCUGCCAAUUAGAGCAUAUAAAGAAUAAAUUUUAUAUGGAGUCGAUACCAAUAGCACAUUGAUUAUCCUAGCUGAAACAGGGUCAGGCAAAACAACUUAGAUACCAUAAUAUUUAAUAGAAGCUGGUUAUGGUGGAGAAGACAGAGUUUUGGUCUCGUUGCCUAGAAAGAUGGCUGCCAUUAGUAUUGCAUAAAGAGUAUCUGAUGAAAAUGGGACUGAAUUGGGAUAGGACAUUGGUUAUCGAGUGAGAUUCGAAUCGAAAGUGAGUGAAAAUACAAAAAUUGAAUAUGUGACUGAUGGAACAUUGAUUUAAAUCAUAAUGGGCAAUCCAUUGAUUGAAGGAUAUUCAGUUGUAAUGCUCGAUGAUAUUCAUGAACGCACUUUAAAUACAGAUCUCUUGUUGUGUUUAAUCAAGAAGAUCCAAAAAAAGAGACCUGAAUUGAAAGUGAUAGUUUCAUCUGCUACAAUGGAAGUUGAUUUACUGUAAAACUUUUUCCCGAAUAGUAAAAUCAUUGCAAUCAGAGGUAGGAAUUAUGAAGUUGAUAUUAUGUAUCUACUAGAACCAUGUAAAAACUAUGUGAUUGCUGCUGUGGAAUUAGCAUAUCAUAUUCACAAAAAGAUGCCAGAAGGUGAUGUUCUUGUGUUUUUAACAUCUGUUGAAGAAAUCCAUGCAUUUAUCAAUUUAUGGUCACAUCAUAAGGCUAAUUGUGUAGUAUUACCACUUCAUGCCAAUUUGGGCAUUGAUAAAUAGUUGCUAGUGUUUAAAUAGCAUGCAAGUAGAAAAAUUAUAGUAUCAACCAAUGUGGCAGAAAGUAGUGUCACUAUUGAUGGAAUAGUAUAUGUGAUAGAUUCAUGUUAUCAAAAAGUAAAAGUUUAUGAUUAUAAGAGAAAUUUGGAAUAAUUAAAUAUUUUACCUAUUUCCUAGCAAUCUGGUGCAUAGAGAGCAGGCAGAGCUGGAAGAACGAGAGAUGGAAUUUGUUAUAGACUAUGCACUAAGGAAGAUUAUUAAAAUUUGCCUAAGACCUUCCCUCCAGAAAUAUUGAGAUCUAAUCUCACAGAACUCAUUUUAUAGAUUAGAUCAUUCUCACUAACACCAAAUCAUUUACAAUGUAGCAAUACAUUUUUGACUCCUGUUUCAAAUGAGUAAUUAAUCAAUUGCAUAAACAUUUUGAUGAGUUUAAAAUUGAUUGAUGAAAACUUUUCAUUAACAGAAUUGGGAAAUGCCAUAGUUGAUUAUCCAUUGGAAACAUAAUUGGCAGUUUGUGUUGAAAACAGCUUUCUAGAGGAGUUUUAAUGUUCAGAUGAGAUGUUGAAAAUAGCCAGUAUUCUCAGUAUACAAGGAGGUAUCUUUAGUAGUGAUGCAACACCAUUAUAAAUGUUGAAGGCCAAGAAGGCUUUGGGAUGUAGAGAAGGAGAUGUUUUAUCACUUCAUAAUAUAUUUGUUAGAUAUAUUAACAUUGGAAAUAAAGGGAAUUGGUGUGAUACCUACAGAGUAUCAAAAUAUAAAUUAGAAUCAGCUGGAAAGAUCUACAAAUAAAUUCAAAAAAAAAGGAAAAACAGGUAAAUUAAAAGUUCCAUCCAAGAUGUAGAGGCUAUUUAAAGAUGCUUUGUUUCUGGUUUCUUCUCUUAAGUAGCAUAACGAGAGAAUACAGCAAGGGAAGGUGUUUACAGGAAUAUCUAUACUAAACAAUUAGUUCAUCUACAUCCUGCUUCGGUUUUAACAGUUUCAUACCCUGAAUGGGUAAUUUAUCAUGAAUUGAUUGAACAAAAUCAUAAACUAACCAUGCACAAUGUUACUGAGCUUGAUCCGCAUUGGCUUUUUGAAAUAGCUCCCCAUUUUUAUAGAGAUGCUAGAUAAGAAAUUGCUGAGAUGAAACACUAAUAGGAGAAGGAUUAGUUAGAUAAAAUAGAGGCUGAGAAAUAGUAAAAGCAAUAGGAAUUGUUGAUGAAUUAAGAAAGCAAAGUGGUUUUUGGGAGCAUCAAAUAGAGAAAACCAGGAUUUAAAGGGUUUGGUUAAACAUAGUUUCCUAUUAAGAGUAAAGAGUAAAGACUUGGCUCAUUGUCAUUUAAUGAUGAGGAGGACUUCUGA